AUGUUGCGUUCCCGCCAACGUAUCAACCUGGUGGCAUUUGCCGUCUGCGCCGUCAUCAUCCUCGCCUUCUACCAUACCAUCAGCAACGGUAGUCAAGGGUAUGCGGGAGGGCAGCAGCGGCAGCAGCAGCCGGUACCUGCGUCGGCGCCGUCGCCCCAGGAUGAUGCGACGCACCUAGUCGACAUGGUGGUGGCCAGCACAACAAAGGAGAAUCUAACGUGGCUAGAUGACCACCUCCUGGAUUGGAGUAAAAAGAUUUACGUGGUUGACGAUGCCUCCGCGCCUCUGAGCGUUCCAGUCAACAAGGGGAGGGAAGCCAUGGUAUUUCUGACAUUGCGCAGCUACAUCAUCGACCACUACGACCGUCUACCCCCCAACAUCAUCUUCCACCACGCCGAGCGCUUCCAAUGGCACAACGACGACCCGGACUACGACGCCCUGCCCCUCCUCAAGAGCUUCCGGCUCGACCGGCUCGCCGACGAGGGCUACGUCAACCUCCGCUGCGCGUGGGUGCUCGGCUGCCCCGUCGAGAUCAGACCCCUGGCCGACGAGUCGCCGGCCGCCAUCAACGAGCCCGUCACGGCCAAGCGCGUCUACAAGAAGGCCUACGAGGAGCUGUUCCCUGGGGAGCCCGUGCCCGAUACCAUCGGCGUGGCGUGCUGCUCGCAGUUCGCCGUGCGAAGGGAGGUGAUUCGUCGCAGGUCAAAGGCCGAUUACCUGCGUUACAGGCAGUGGCUCACCACGUCUCCGUUGGGGGACGAGCUGAGCGGGAGGGUGUUGGAGUAUUCAUGGCACACUGUUCACUGCCCCGACGCCGGAGAGUGCUACUGCCAAAACUACGGUAUAUGUGGCCUCAAGUGCGACAAGGACAAGUGCCAGGGCCGAUAUACACUCCCGCCAUUUGCUACGCUACCGAAGGAGUGGCCUAGAUUAGGGUGGAAUGGAGAGGACAGACAUUGGGAUGGAGAGAUGUAA